UAAAUACGCCGCCGUCUUAGCUUACUGCCACUCUUUCUCAGUUUCUAUCUUCUUUCCCUCUCGAUUUCUCUGCCUUCGCUGCCUCUACCUCUGCCUCAAUUGAUUCUCCUCUCCUUGUUCUCUGGCCUCAAUUGAUCCUUCUCAAGCCCAUUAUGCUCUUUUGUUCAAAUACCAAUACGAAGAACCUCAGGCCAUCAGCAAUCUCUCUCUCGUAUUCCAGGCUUCCAGUAGCAGUCCAGCUACCUCAGGCCCUCUGUCUCAAUUUUUGCGGCAGCCCAAGUGAAUUGGGAAGAGCAGCUGCGUCAACCAAGCUGCUCGGUCCAUCUCUCUGCUCUCAGCUCUUUCGGUACAAUGUCCACAAAGCUCCUCUCUCUCUCUCUCUCUCUCUCUCUCUCUCUCUCUGUGUUAGGGUUUAGAGAUGUGACAUCGAUUUCUAUCAGUUAUAUGAAUUGGUUACUGCCUUCUAAUCCCUUUUCGCUUUGUUGAGAUGGACUUAAAGACUAAAGGACAUGUUCAAACCAGAAGGAUCUAUGGACAGGAUUCAUCAGUAACACAUUUUUAUUCCUCUCAUCUUUGAAGUAUCAUCAGAAGAUCAGAAGUGUUCAUCUUACACUAGAAAUACUUCCAUUAGGGAGUAUAAUGGUUUCUUCUAUGAAUUCUGUUUUGUUGCCUUCGUCUGUCAUCCUUCAGUUGCCGUCCCGCCAGUCCUCACCUCGUCAUCAGUUACAACCUCAGUACAUUACCACUCGUAGUGUCAGUCAUCGUGUUCAUUUCAUAUCUUCUCUUUCUUGCUCAUUUCCAUCCAAUUCACAUUGUUGCUUACAUGCUGACCAGUCAUCAAUUGGUGCUAUGGUUCCUUCAGAUGAGGGACCAGUAUCUGUAAUAAACUUUGAAGAUUUUAUAGAAAAAGAUUGGUCAUUUCUUGAUUAUGACGAAUUAAAUCCCAAAGAAGAGCAUAAACAAAAGAUUGCCCAGAUAAUUACUGCAGGAAGGAUUGAAGAGACUUCAAGGGUUUUGGUUUCAAUUGGUUCGGAAGAAUUUGUAGAUCAGUUGGUUGAUACAUCACCCUGUAGUCUGUUGCUUGUUGUCCAUGAUUCACUUUUUAUAUUGGCUUGCAUCAAAGAAAAAUAUGACAAGAUUAAGUGUUGGCAAGGGGAGCUGAUACAUGUGCCAGAAAAGUGGGCUCCUUUGGAUGUUGUAUUUCUCUAUUUUCUGCCAGCUUUGCCCUUUAAACUUGACCAAGUUUUCAGAAUGCUUGCAAAAUGUUGCUCACAAGGUGCAAGAGUAGUCAUUAGCCAUCCCCAAGGGAGAGAAGCAUUAGAGCAGCAAAGGAAACAACAUCAAGAUGUUAUAGUAUCUGAAUUGCCUGAUAAGAUGACCUUGCAGAAGGUUGCAUCUGAUAAUUCUUUCGAGAUGGCUGAAUUUGUGGACGAGUCAGGAUUGUAUCUUGCUGUUUUACAGUUUUCUGGGGCAAAAAAUUAGUUUUAUUUUAUUUUAUUUAAAUUUUGUUGUGAUCUUAUAUUAAAUUGAAUAGAAUCGAAUUGAUCAAAAAUUUAAAUUCAUGAAACUGUGUAGCGUACAAAUUUUAGCAUUUAGCUUUUGUAUUGUUCAUAUUAUCUGGUUCUGGAAGAAUUCUCAUGGCAUGCAGUUGGUAUA